AUGUGGCACCGGGGAGACGCCCGCCGCCCCGACUACCGCGACGACCGGCCACCGCCCCGCUACCCGGACGGCUACCCACCGCCGCCAUUCCCUGCAUCGUCCUCGUCGCGCCGCAGCAUCGACGAAGAGCGGGACCGCUACGGCUACCCGCGACCCCGCGCCGACUAUGGCUAUCCGCCGGACAGGGAGAGGGACAGGGACCGCGAGCGCGAACGUGAGCGCGAGUACGCCUACCGCCGGGACCGCGAGCGAGAGCGAGAGCAUCCCUAUGCCCGCGAUCGCGAGAGGGACAGGGACAGGCGCAUCGACUGGGAGAGGGAGCGCGCGUACGGCUACGCUCGCGAGCGAGAGCUCGACAGGCGCGGCUCGAGGGGUGCCAGAGAGCUAGAACGCGACGCCAGGCGGAGGUCGACCAGUCCAGCCGAUCUCGCCCUGGCCAAAGACGACGCCGGUGGACCGCCGCGGGCUGCUUCACCUGACCACGACCGCAACCGCGACGCUAUCAGGCCCAUUGUCGACUCAUCGUCCCGGCACCCGGCCGGUGGAUACGCAACGGGAUCCUCGCCGCCGCACGGUCCGAGAAGUCACCCCUCACGCCAGCCAGCGACCCUGCGCGGGACUGGCGGCUGGCCGGCGCGCGGAGAUGGGCCCAGCCGUUGGGGCGGUGCGGCGCGGCGUGAAGAUCCAUCUCCCCGCUCGCUCAUCCGCAAGCGUGACAGCGAGGGGGCGCCCGAGCUGCCGGACCUGGCGCCGGUGCCAUCGUCUUCUGCCGCCGCUGUGCAGCCGCAGCAUCCGAGUCUGGACGCGGCCCACGCCAGCUGGGACGAUGCGGCGCCCGCCGCGCUGCCCACCGGCAGCCGAAAGGCGACCUCGCAGAGACCGAAGGACGACUCGUCGCAGGAGAUUGUCAACCCGUACAGCGGCACGGUGCGCACCUCGAGCGGGACGCCCAGAGAAUCCGGGCAGUCGCCUUCGACGCCGCUGCGCUCGCAACACGCCCACGUCCACGCGCACGCGCAGCAUCACCAGCGCCCGGCAUCCACACCCACGGCGGCCACGGCAGCGACGCACCACUUCUCCUUCGCCAUCAAGCACACGCCCGACAUUGACCGCGAGCUGGCGGCGCUCGAGGCGGCACGGCGCCAGUUUCUCGUCGACUUUACGUGCGGGCCCAAGCGGCAGGCGAUCCGGGCGGCGCAGUGGGACCAGCGCGACGCGCAGCUCGAGCUCUCCAACGCCAGCCACCGCGUCCAGCUGUGCACCGAGGCGCUGCGGAGCCUCAAAGAGGAAGCCGACAAGUACACGCUGGCCGAGAACCAGAAGGAGUUGGCGGGCGCUUAG